AUGUUCCAGAUCCUCACAAUGCUGCUGCUGGAAACACAUCUCUCCAUGGUUUCAGCUUUAUUUACAGUUGAAGUUCCUCAACAGCUAUACAUUGUGGAGUAUGGGAGCAAUGUGACCAUGGAAUGCAGAUUCCCUGUGAAUAGCUCUUUAAACCCAGGAUUACUGAGUGUUGUUUGGGAGCAAAAAAGGCAGGGGAAAUCAAAAGAGGUGUACACACUUCACAGUGGAAAAUCAUUUGCUUCAUCUCAACAUCAUGAUUACAUAGGACGAGCAACAGUUCUACACAGUGAACUCAAAUUGGGAAGAGCUAUCCUUCAUAUUAUCAGUGUGAAGAUCACAGAUGCAGGAUCAUCUUGUCUCAUUGACUACCAGCGAGUGGACUAUAAGUACAUUACUUUGGAAGUAAAAGCAUCCUACAAGAGAAUAAAUACACAAGUAAUGAGAAAACCAGGUGAAGACAAGUUUGUUUUUAUGUGCCAAUCAGAAGGCUUUCCUCUGGCAGAGGUUUUCUGGCAAAACGAGAAGAACUUCAGCCUCAGCAGAUCUGCAAAUACCACCUAUACAUUGACCAGAGAAGGCCUCUACAACAUCACCAGCAUCCUGAUGUUCAAACCAAAUAUGAGUGAGAACUACAGCUGCGUGUUCUGGAAUAAAGAACUGGGUGCAGCAACUGCAGCUCACAUUUCUACUUCAGCUUUAAUUAGUACGCAGUAUAGCGGACAAAAAUCCCCGAUCUUAUUUAUUGUCCCCACAUGUGUGAUGUUAGCUGUCCUUCCCUCUGCACUAAUAGUCUUUCAAAAGAGAAAGCUGUUCAAGAACAGGCAACCCCCAAAAGACAGGAAAAGAAAACCAAACCCUAACCAGAAAGAUAAGAACAGAGAGGAUUUUAACACUCAAACUGAGACCUUGUACUUGUCAACUGUCACAGCUUCAAGAGACAGUGGGAGUGUGGAUCUGUGA